UGUCUAAUUGCUUGCAACAAUCCACUGUUUAGAGAAGAAAACAGAAAAAGGAAGUUGUAAGGAAAAGAAAGAUGCCCAUUAAUUCCAUAACAGAACGCCACAAUAGCCAUCAUGCAGUCCUUUGCUUCCCUCUUGCAGAAUUGCGCCAAGCACAAGUCCAUUUUCAGCGGCAAAGCAGUUCAUGCUCAGCUAAUCAGGUCCGGAUUUAUCCCAGAUGUUUAUACAAACAAUCAUUUGCUCUCGAUGUACCUACAGUUGGGGCAGAUGGGCUAUGCUCAAACCGUGUUCGACAUAAUGCCAAAACGAAACGUUAUCACUUGGACGACGUUGAUUUGCUCGUUUUCUCAGAUGGGUCUCUCGGAAAAAGCCUUAAGUUGCCUGAGGUCAAUGGUUCUUGAAGGGUUUUUGCCGAACGAGCAUACUUAUGUUGGUGCUAUAUCUGCUUGUGUUAAUACAAGGGCUGUUAGUAUUGGGAAGGAAAUUCACGGGAGGAUAUAUAGGACUCAGGAUAGUUUGAAUAGCUUUGUCAGUAAUUCUUUGGUUAAUUUUUACGGCAAAUGUGGGUUGUUGAAGUCGGCUAGGCUUGCAUUUGAUGCUAUCUUGGAGCCUAAUUUGGUUGCCUGGGCUUCACUCAUAUCUUCUUGUUUUCAGUGUGGACAGAACGAGGAAGGUUUGAAAUUGUUCUUAAGGUCUUUGAGGGUGGGAAUGACUGUUAACGAGUUCACUUGUUCGAGUGUUCUGGGUGCUUGUACUGUGUUGGAGAAUUUGGAACUUGGGAAGCAAAUCCACUGCCUAAUCGUUAAGUGUUGUAUUCUAAUGGAUCAGUUUGUUAUUACUGGGUUGGUAAAUUUUUAUGCCAAGUGUGGCCAAUUGGAAGCUGCACAUCAGGCUUUUCUAGAGGCUAAUGAGCCACAUUUGUCAGCUUGGACUGCGUUAAUAGGGGGCUGUGUACAACAGGGAAAGGGGAGAGAUGCUAUUUUACUUUUUCAUAGGAUGCUUUCUUCUGGUAUGAAACCAAGUGAGAAAACUUUUGCAUCUGUCUUUGGAGCCAUUGAUGAUGGAAUGGAUGUACGAGUUGGUAAACAACUUCAUUCUUUGAUCAUAAAAUUAGGAUUUGAUUCAUUUACCGUAGUCUGCAAUACAACUUUGGCUUUUUACAUUAAAAGAGGUCUUGUUGAGGAGGCUCUGAAGACUUUUUAUGAGAUGGAUGAAUAUGAUAUUGUCACUUGGAAUGCCAUGAUUACUGGCUUUGUAGGCUCUGGUCAUUAUGAAGGAGCAAUUCAGUUUCUGCGUGACAUGCUUUUUGAGGGUUUUGACCCUAACCUUUAUACCUAUUCUAGCCUCUUGAGCAUUUGUGGGGAUUUACCAGCAGUCCAGUGGGGAAAGCAAAUUCAUUCUCGCAUUCUAAAACCUGGAUUUGAUUCAAAUGUGGUUGUUGGAAGUGCCUUGAUUGAUAUGUAUGCCAAGUGUGGACGUAUGGAUGCUGCUAGGAAAGUUUUUGAUACAUUUCCUUCAAGGAACUUGAUUUCUUGGAAUACCAUGCUGGUUGGCUAUGCUCAAAAUGGGUUUGCAAAGGAAGCUUUGGAGAUCUAUGAUAUGAUGCAAAUGAAUGGGGUUAAACCCAAUGACAUCACAUUUAUUGGGGUGUUGUCUGCCUGUGGUCAUGUAGGCCUUUUACAGGAAGGAUUGUGCCACUUUAACUCCAUGAUUGGAGACUACAGGAUCACUCCAAAGGCAGAUCAUCUGGCCUGUAUGGUCAGUCUAUUUGCCCGCCAUGGACAAACACAAGAAGCAUUUGAUUUCAUAAGGCGUUUUCCAGGAGAGGCAGAUAAAGUUGUCUGGCGCUGUCUUUUGUCAGGCUGCAAAACUAAUAAAGAUGUGGUUUUGGGGAAAUAUGCAGCUGAAAGGGUAUUAAGUAUUGAUCCUGAUGAUACUUCAGUGCAUAUCAUGUUAUCUAAUAUUUAUGCAGGCUUAAGGAUGUGGAAUGAAUUGGCUGAGACUAGAAAAUUGAUGAAGGAGAAGACACUGAAGAAGGACACUGGGUUCAGCUGGACAGAGUUGAAGAACAGGAUAGUUCUGUUCUCUGCAAGUCAAAAUCCACAUCUUGAGCAAAACAGUCUCCAUGAAGUUUUGAGUGGAUUGGCUGCCCAGAUGGUUGAUGAGAAAUAUGUUCCUGAAAUCAUGUUCUCGCUGCAAUGUGGUGAGUAAAUAUCUUGAUUUCAUCUGGUGAUAAACCUUACAAUUUUAUUUGGUGGCCCAUGAAGAAGAAGGUAAUAUACUUUAUUGUGGAUCAAUAAUUGACCCUUUAGGAAAUUAAAUAUCCAUGGGUAAACUUACUUUCACAUCAUCUUGCAAGGAUUUCUUAAUUUCAGAACUUGGGAAGUAGAUUGAGGGGAUGGUGAACUCUGAAGGUCCUUGGAUGACAGGUGAAUGAACUUCAAGGCUCGCUCUUUUAAAUUAUGCAGAUAGUCAGCAAUGCAUCCAAUUCGUGGGCCGGCUCCUGUUGACCAUUUCAAACUUACUUGGUGCCCUAGUUGAUUUGAAUUUGCUUCUCUCUUGGACUCAAUCCUCUGCAGUAAUUCUUUUUGAGUAACUUCUGGGCACUGUCAAUUAUUGGAUAAAGUCCUUAUCAAGUUGCUUGUUGGUGGUUUAAUGCUAUAUGUAGAAGAUUCGAAUGGCAGGUCUUCCUCAAUAACAUUGGCUAUCUGAAGAUUAUCGUCUUCAUACUCCUUUGCAUGGGGAAGUACCUGCCUGAUGUAGGAGGAGGUCAUACAUGCAACCAUUACUGCACAUUUUAUUAGUCAAAUAGACUCUAUAUAAAAGGAGUAAUACAGGCAGCAAUGGAAGGUAAUGGCUUAAGCUCAUUGAUAUUGCGGUACAAAUUCUUUGACAGCAAGGUUAGCUCAUGGCCAAAAUGCAUCGUUAGUGAAUCUGCAGAGCUGAUAUGGCAUUCUCAUUAACAGAAUUGGGUGAAAAGAUGCUCUAGCUUUUAUACCUGAACCUCUUCAAGAUUGACUCCUUUGUCUUUGAGAAAGGCCAGGAAGAUGCCAAGAUUCUCAUUUGUUGGUCGGUCCGAGAUAUUUGAUGCAUUGUUGCCGAAGCUUUGAUCUGGGGCAUUCAUCAAGGUCAAGUUUUGUACCAUCUCCAAUGUCCAACCUGCAAAAAG